GAUAACAGUAAUCUCAUGACUGUCUUGAAAAAAAUCGAUUAAUCGAAAACGAUCGUACGAUUACAAUUUUUAGCGCCAAAACUAGUGUGCAGCGCGGCAAGCUGCUGAUUGGUGUAUUAUUUAUUGAGUGAAGCGAAAAGAGAAAAAAAAUUGGAACGCAACCCAUUUCUCCAAUUGCUGACUACGAAUAUUUGUUUGUGUACCGUUCGCGAUGGUCAAUAACGAAAAUGCAAUUUGUGCUGGUCUGCAGCAGGUCAUUUGGAUCGGCAGCCACGAGCCAAACACAUAUGUCAAAAGUCUGGAGCAUCGCAACGUUUACUUCUACAAAAAGUGUGUGUACGGACCGCUGACGCUCUCCAUUGGCGACUACAUACUCGUGGCGAACGCGGACGCAGCAGAACCCGAUACUGUGGACGGCUGUGACAUCGCCAAGAUACUGCAUCUGUAUGAACUGCGGGAAAUGAGCAGCAAAGAAUCCUGUCGUGCUAUUGUCCAGUGGUACUCACGCCCUCAGGCCAUACCGCAUAAGUACUUUGAUGACGACGACUUGGCCAUUGAUUUUGACAUUGAAGUCAUCGAGGAGCAUCGUCCCUACGACAACGACGUAGCUCUGGGCUCCAUUUUUCGCAAGUGUCUUGUCUUUGAAGGCAGCUGCCAAUUCAGUGCCGAACAGCUAAUGAAGCAGCAGCUGCAGCGAAGCAAAGCUGCAAUACCCAAUUGUCCCAUGUUUGUGACGCGCUACAAAUUCGUUAAGGAGAAGAAAUCAUCAUACCGUCUUAUUCCGCUGGAGAUUCAACUUGACGAGCAACAGGAUGACAGACGUCGAAAAUCUCAAACAAGCACAACAAAGGAAGUUGGCUCAGCACGAAAAUCGAUUGGACGUAGGCGCGUCUCGAUUGCGGCUGCCAAUGUGCCACCAGAAUUUGUGGAUGUCAAUCAUUUCAAUAACUGCGAGAACAAAGUGUCGCCCAUCAAGAUUGUCGGCGGCAGCGUGGUUCGUUUGUCCGAGAAGAAAAAGACCCUUAGUACGUCGAAGACGGCGGCUGAGAUAAAUGCCAACUAUUUAAUGGCAUCGCCACUCACCGAAAAGAAUCCCAAAGUCGUUACACCAAAGUCCCGGGCAUCGGCAGCUCGCCGAAACCUGAAUCUCAGUCUGGACAAGGGAGCAGACACCACAGCCGAUUCGGAUUGUUUGAACUAUUCGAUUGUGCAGCAAACACCCGAUCCAAAGACGCCCUCAAAUGACAUGAAAAUCAAGCUACGCGUCUCCGAACGUAGGAAAUCCACACGACUUGCAUCUGUCGAUUCUCGCGAUCCCUUAGAACUGGUGUUGGAGGCCAACAGUCAUACACCCAUAAAGCAGGGCAGAAAAAGAUUGGGUGCCAGUAAUGGCGAUAUUUACCACACGCCCACUAAGAAAACCAAAGAGCCGCUCGAGACAUUGGGCAACGAUUUGACGCCCUCCACGCGCCGCAAAAGCAUUCUCAAAUCAGCAACCACACGUUUAGCCGACGGUACGCCCAGACGCAGCAUACAGCUCUCCAAUAUUGUGGAACAGCGCAUCUUUGACAACAACGAGAUUAUAUCGACGCCAAAGCGCAGUCGCUCCAAACUCGCCGAUGAUGCGGAUUACACACCAAAGAAGUCAACACAUAAGUCGCCAGGACGUCCACGCCGCAUGAGCACCACGGGCACAAGCACUAAGCAGAAAGAGGAUGCGCCUAUGACGCCAUCACAGAAGAUGAAGAAAAUACGCGCUGGGGAACUCAGUCCGAGUAUGGAGCAGCGUCAUCAACAGCUGGACGUCGGCCACAAAUCGCAGUUGCAACUGGCGCGCGAACAACUUCAUGUCUCCGUGGUGCCAAAGAGUUUGCCAUGCCGCGAGAAGGAAUUUGACAAUAUCUACAGCUUUCUGGAGGGUAAAAUUCAGGAUCAGUGCGGUGGCUGCAUGUAUGUUUCUGGUGUGCCGGGCACAGGCAAAACAGCUACGGUUACGGGAGUUAUACGCACUCUGCAGCGUCUGGUUGAGCAAGACAAGUUGCCAGCGUUUGAGUUUCUGGAGAUAAAUGGCAUGCGAUUGACGGAACCACGUCAAGCGUAUGUGCAAAUCUACAAGCAACUGACGGGCAAAACUGUAUCCUGGGAGCAUGCACACUCUCUGCUGGAGAAGCGUUUCACAACGCCAGCGCCGCGUCGACUUACCACAGUGCUGCUUGUGGAUGAGCUGGAUAUAUUGUGCAAUCGCCGACAGGAUGUUGUUUACAAUCUGCUCGACUGGCCAACAAAAUCAGCGGCACAUCUAGUGGUUGUUACUAUAGCAAACACCAUGGAUUUGCCCGAACGUCUGCUAAUGGGCAAGGUAACAUCACGCUUGGGCCUAACACGACUCACUUUCCAGCCGUACACGCACAAACAGCUGCAGGAGAUUGUCACAGCGCGUUUAGCUGGCUCCGAGGCCUUCAAGGGCGAGGCAGUGCAGUUGGUGGCACGUAAAGUGGCCGCUGUGUCGGGUGAUGCUCGUCGUGCACUUGACAUUUGUCGUCGUGCCACUGAAAUUGCAGACACCGGCUCUGAACCAACGGCAACUGCGGCAACCAAAUGCGUUACCAUGCUGCAUGUGCAACAAGCUCUGGGUGAAAUGAUAGCUAGUGCCAAGGUGCAGGCUAUCAAGAAUUGUUCGCGUAUGGAGCAGAUCUUUCUGCAGGCGGUCGCCGCUGAGGUGACACGAACUGGCGUCGAGGAAACAAUGUUCCAUGGCGUCUACACGCAGAUUGAGACAAUUGCCACGUUUAUGGGCGUUGCGCUGCCAGCACCAGGACGUGCUCUGAACAUUUGCUCCAAGCUGGGCGCAGAGCGUCUAAUCAUCUGCGAACACUCGCGCAACGAUCUAUUCCAGAAGAUACUGCUCAACGUGAGUCCCGAUGACAUACAUUACGCAUUGCGCGUGGAAGGCAACUAA